GUGUGUAAAGGGAAUUCUCCUUUUUUUAAUUCAUUAUCAGUAUUAUAUGAGACAUCACUGUCCCGAAACUGCGUUAAGUUCAAGUUACUGGCAUACCUCUCUCAAAGACAGGCGUCCGUGACACGCAAAAUCAGAUUAGUUGUUGAUGGGUUAUUUUGAGCUUUUAUAGAUGAGAUGUGGUUAGUUUAAAUUAUGUUACACUUUGCUGGAAGCUCUUUCCAUGAUAAGGCCGAGCCAGGCCCUGUGGGCAGAUGGUGGUGCAGCUGGUAGCUCGUGCAGCGCGCUGGAUUGUUUUAUCAUCCCUAAGCAAAUACUGCUAACUGUGAAACAUUUCCCCAAACAUUUGUUUAUACAUUGCUUCACACUUGUCUUGACAUGACUGCGUAGCAGGUAGGAAACUUACCGUGGGCGACCCGACAUGAAAGGCUGUUGACAAUUGAACAAUACGUGAGAAAUGGCAUGCUAAUCAGGGAUUCCGUGUGAUGGCGCUGUAGAAAUUUGGCACAGAGAAAGUUUUUUAAUUAUUUUAGUAUAUUUUACUUUUUGGUUUGCUUUAAUUACAUGGAUUUUACUGAGGCAUUAAUCAUUUUUGCCGUUGGAGCUGUCAGUCACAGAGUUGACAAUGCAAUUGUCUUUAUCUAUAUUGCCAAGCAAACCUUUAGAUGUCACUUCUUUCAUCUGUUGAGAAAGCCUUCUGGCACUCACGCACCCUUGCUUUUGUGUACUCUCAACAAUUUUGCCUGAGGCACUUGUUGAAAGGCAACAAGAAUGAUAUAAACCCAACAAGCUGCACUUGCCAGGACGGGAAAAGCAAAGAAGAAGGAAAGAAAAACAAUGAGAGAGAAAAGAAGGAAACAAAAGAAAAAGAAAAGAAAGGGAGAACAACAGAAGGGAUUUCCAAUUGCCAACCCCCUGGAGACUAGAUGUUGGGUUUUGCGUGUUACAACUUGUUGGGCAACUGAAGUUUUUGUGUGAAGUGAUUCUUGUGUCGUGGGAAGUGUAACGUUUCAGUGUUGUCAGCGCUCAAAGGAGAGGAGUUGAUUUUUAUCGGAGAGCAGAGGUUUCCUAUGUUUGCUGUCAUUCAUGUGAAAGAAGGGCUCAACCGGCACCACGGAAUCAUAAAAGACUCGUGGCACAGUGCACUUAAACUUCACUUGGAUACAGAGGCAUCGACUUGUAAAAGAAUGGUUGAGCCCAGCCCUUCAGCUCUGCACCUCCUCUCCGGUGGGGAUGUGCACAUGGCCGAUAUUGGUGUUAAAGUCGAACAGGAGGAAUACAGCGGAGAUGGAGGAGCCAAAACCAAUUCGGAACACCACAGGACUUUGCACGACUGGUCAGCAAAUCAGUCUGUUGAGGCACGCCAAUUGACCCCACCACUCUCACGCUCCCCUUCAGAGGGCUCUCCAGGAAAAGAGCCGCCACACAAGCAAAGCCCCACAGGACUGAAGGAAGCUGGGAUUCAGGAGCGAUCAGAGCGGCAAUCCAAAGUCAAGGAAGUAAUGCCGACCUUUGAGAAGCUGCUGAAUACUGACUGGAAGGAGAAACUUCUGAAAAGCACAGUGGGCAUAGGACAAUUGAAAGGCACCCCUGAGUCUCUGGCAGAGAAGGAACUCCAGUUGCUGAUGAUGAUAAACCAGCUUAGCGGCCUCAGAGAGCAGCUGCUGGGCGCCCACUCAGAACAGAGGAACAUGGCCGCCCUGCUGCUGGAGAAGCAGCAGCAGCAGAUGGAGCUGGCCCGACAGCAACAGGAGCAGAUCGCCAAGCAGCAGCAGCAGCUGAUCCAGCAGCAGCAUAAGAUCAACCUGCUUCAGCAGCAGAUCCAGCAGGUGAACAUGCCCUACGUGAUGAUUCCAGCUUUCCACCCAAACACCCAGCCCCUCCCUGUCACCUCUGAACCCCCGAUGACAUUGCCGGUGCAGCCAAUCCCCUGCAAGCCGACGGUUGACUACUCCAUGCAGCUGCUGUCGACCAGCCACCCCGCACCCCUCAAGAGGAGCAGCAACUCCUUCCGGCAGGAGGCCAGCCAGCCCUUGAACCUGACCGCCAAGCCAAAGGGGAUGGAAGUGGGGAAGACAUCCAGCCCACAGUGUCUAGAGCUGGGAUCUCUGGGGCUGCAGGGGGCCUACAGACUCAGAGAACACCAGAGAGAGGUGUCCCACAGCCCAUCACGGUCCACCCUCAGUUUCCUGGGAGACGGCGACGUGGUCACACAGGCCAUCCAUGAUGCCCAGCAGCUCCUGAGGAGUCACAGCCGGGGAGAGAGAGACAGGGACAGGGAGAGGGAGAGAGACGGCUCGGGGAAAAUGGAAUAUAAAAACUCUCCACGUUCAGAAAAAAUCACCCACUGUGAGCGUGGUGAGGAGAGACAUGGCCCGCAGAGCACUGAGGACCACCUGAGCAGUGACUCGGAGGGGAACCUGCCUUCCUCUGCCAACUACGCUGAGACCCGGCCCGCUUCCUCCACUGGCCACAUAAAGAGACCCAUGAAUGCCUUCAUGGUGUGGGCCAAGGACGAACGGAGGAGGAUCCUCCAGGCCUUCCCAGACAUGCACAACUCCUCCAUCAGCAAGAUUCUAGGCACCAGGUGGAAGGCCAUGUCCAACCAGGAGAAGCAGCCUUACUAUGAGGAGCAGGCGAGGCUGAGCCGGCAGCACCUGGAGCGUUACCCCGACUACAAAUACAAGCCCCGGCCCAAACGGACCUGCAUCGUGGAAGGUCGGAGGCUGAGGGUGGGAGAGUACAAGGCCAUGAUGAAGAGCCGUAGACAGGAGCAGAGAGCGACCUACGUACACAGUCAAUCAGAGCCACAGCAGAUCCAUUACUCCCAAAGCGACGGCCAGUAUCCAGCCGGCGGGGCCAUCUCCGUCCCCGGCUUGCCGUUUCACCCCGCGCUGCUGGAGCACUACAUGCCGCAGGCCCCACCCACCGCCCGCAGAUCCGAGGGCCGGGCCACACCCACCCCUCAGCCCAGGGACAGAGAGAGGGAACGGGAGAGAGAGCGGCCCCCGUACAGUGAAGGAGAGGAAAGCGAUGUGGAAGAGAGAAGUGAAGGGGAACUGGUGCUCCUCACAGACUGAUCAGUGGCUUUUUGUGUUGGGGAGAGUGGGGGUGAUGAGCAGAACUGGUAGGAACUGGGCUUCAAAUGUUGCUCCUGGUUUAAA